AUGGCGGAAGACCUGCCAUUCAUUGAUAUUUUCAAGGAAAAUGCAGUUACCACAAAGAAAACCAAUUUUUACGGGUUGAAACGGGAAAUUAGGUUUAUUUCGGAGAGAAUUGUUGUAGAAUAUUCGCCAGAUGAAACAUUAUCAGUGAGUUAAACAUUUUCUUAAUUUAUUUUGAAUAUAUUAUUGUUCAAUUAACAGGUUCGUGAAGUCAUUCAUCCAUUGAGUCCUUUUCGAACUCCCGAUCCAUAUUUUUCGUUCAAAAUGACACAAAAUGAUUCGGAAUAUGUUACAUCUAUCGAUUUUCAUGAUCAUGCUCCAUAUUUUCCAUACGCUAAAAGUACGGGUGAAAUCAAUCUUUUGCGAUAUAUCAACAAUUUUAACGACAAGAAUUUGUGAGUUUUUUUAAACUUUCAAUUUGAGAAAAUAGAGAGAGAGAGAGAGAAUAUUAUUUAUUGAAAAGUGUGCUUUUAUAGCGCAAAAAUAUCAAACCAAUCGAUAAUGCGGCUCCAGGGACAAUGUAUUGAUAAAUUGAGACAUGGAAAGUUAGAUAAAGGAUUUGUGGCAACGUAUUAUCACACACACGGACAAAAAAAUCAAUCAACAUUAUCAGUUAUUGAUUUAGUCGAUCCUGAAAGUAAUAUCACACAUUUUGACACAAAUAUUCCAUUGAAUGAUCUAACUUGGACAUGGUAUAAUGAAGUUACUUUGGCAGCUUGUGAUGAUAAUUGUUUGCGGGUUAUUGAUAUUAGAACACCUAGAAGUUAUGGUGCUGUUUUCUUCAACGGUGGACUUCAAAAAAUGGCUGUUAAUUGUAUGCGGUGAGUAAAAAUUUUUUAUAAAUGAAAAUUAGAAUGGAAAUGGUGAAUAAUAAAAUGAGUCAAAUUUUCUGAAAAUCAGCAUUUAUUUUCUUCAUUAAUAAUUUGUGAGAACAUAUUAGUAUUAAAUUACGUUCACAUCUACGUAUAUGAUUCGAAAAAAACUAUUAUUUUACAGAAUGGGUGAAAUCACUGGCUGGGAUGGUGAACAUUUGUUGCUUUUUGAUAUUCGUCGUCUCGAUGUUCCUGUCAAACAACAUUCAAUUAAAUUUCCCAACGGCGAUAGUCUCUCUGAUAUUAGAUAUAAUGUCUAUCUUCCAAAACAACUCUUCAUACAUACAAAACAUAACAAUUUAUAUUCAACAAAUUUCGAUGAAAUUGAAUUGUUCACUUCAAAACAUGUUUCUGAAGAAGUUGUGGAUGAUACAGAAAGGAUCACUUUCAAAAAUAUCGAUCGAGGAGUUUAUACACAACGAAUGAAAUAUGCUCGCCGUCGAGAAUUUGAAAUGACACCGAAAGAAGUUGUUUUUGAGGAUUAUUCAGAUCAUUAUGAAUCGGCGAAAAUUGAUGAAAAAGUGAAGAUGCCUUUAAGGUGGACAAGUCCAUAUGUCUAUGUGAGUUAAAAAUCAAGCAGAAUAUUUCAUCGAAAAAAUGUUUUUUUUUCAGAGCUCCACAGAAGUCCUCGAAAGCAAAAAUAUCAGCGCGAUGACUGCAGAAUAUAAUACGAAAAGAAUUAGGGAACGAUGCUUUGCUGAACACAUUUAUCAACUCGACACUCCUAAGUUCUUAUACACCGUAAGUGAAUUUUUAAAACUAUUAGUUCAAAAAAUAAGUAUUCAUUUUUCAGACAAUAAAUGUUGAAACGUUUGAUUUCACACUUCCUGGUGUUAAUGGAAUUCUAUUCAUUCGAUCUGACAAAUUGGAAUAUGAACUAAUCGUAAGUCCACUGCAUUAUGAAGGUUCUUCGUGUAGCGAUGUAUCUAUUGAUGCUAUUAGUGAGAUGAGAAAAGUACAAGUUCGAGAAAUGAUUCCAUCACAUAUGUUAUAUUUGAUGUCAUCAAGAUUAGACUCAGGAUGGAACGCGUUCAAUUGUCAAGAACCAAAUCUUCAUGGUGAGUGAAAAUAUAGUUUUUCAUUAAAUGUAAGAAUACAAUUUUUCAGAGCUAAUAAUGACGGUGACUUCAAAUGAAUCUCAAUUUUGGUGUGAUUGGUUAAGAAACUCUGCACAUUUGCAAUAUUCCGGCAAUGAAUUUGUCUCAUUCUCACCGAAAAGUAGUUUUCCACGUUUCCCGGAAGUGAUGCCCAAUUUCAAAAUUGCAAGUUAUAAGAAAUCAGUUCGGAAAAACGCGCUUCAAGACGCUCUUCGAAUUUCGGCACCAUUUUAUAGAUUAUUCUUGUCAAAGCCAGUUCCUGAUGUGAAACAUGGUAAAAUCAAUCAUCUGACUACGUUAUAUCCAAGUAUACAUUUCGAUAAAGUGAUUUCUGUGCGCAAGAAGAAUUGUAUAAUUCAUAAGAAACGUCAUCAAAAUCUUGUGAGAUACAUUGAAAAUGGCGAAGUUAUAUUGGCUGGUAGAGGAAAUGAUUUUGUUUCGGUUUUCCGACGAUUCAAUUUGAAACGAGCUGAUAAGAAGACAUUAAUUCAUAUCAAAAAGAAAUCGCAAAAAAUUGUUCCAAAAUACCCGUAUUUUCACUGGGAAGAAAUUCCGAAAACGGAGCACAUUGAGGAAAGAGAUGACAAAGCUGAAGAAUUAAAAGCAGAAGAGGAGAAAAAGAAAAAAGAAGAAGAAGAGAAAAAGAAAGAAGAAGAAAAGAAAAGUAAAACAUCUCUUUCUCCACCUCCACCAGCAAAUGGUUCAAAUAAACCUCCAGCGAAUCAAGGUAAACGGUUUAAUCGACUUUUGCCACCUCCACCACCACCACCACCAAAAUCAGCAAAUGCGGCAAACAACAAAGACGCUGAAAAAGGACAACAGAAAGAAGAAGUCAAGCUGAUUGUUGCUUCUCAACCAAGACCACUGUUUCGAUAUAGAGCAAAAAGAAUUGAUGAGAAAACAAUGAUUGAAAUGCUGAAAAAAUCAAUGACUCGAACUAUGAAAGUGAAACGAGAAAAGGCUUUCAAUACUAUUUGGCCAGUAAAUAAGAAACCAAAGUUGGCAAAAGUUAAUCAGCAAAGACUUUUUUGAUUUAAAAGUGAGUGAUUACUUUUUUUAAAUAAAUUUCAACAAAUGUAUUAUUGCAGAUGGCUUUGAAUCGUUCAAAACGACUUGGUUGGCAUGCAUUGUACCAAAAGAAUUUCCUUGAUCCUGAAAAAUGUUCAUAUUCUCAACUGCUCACGUGUCUUGCGAAUCUUUACAAUGAUAGUUCGAGACCAAGAUUAGGCAAAGAAAAAAUACCGUCAUUAACCGGAUUGUAUAAAAAACGAUUAGCUGAAGAAUUGGAGAGUGGUCGCAAAUAUAUUCAUAAACCUGUAAAGUUUAGUAAACUCAACACUUUACCAGAAGAAUCAUCAGAAAGUGAUUCAUAUGAUGCUGAUUCUGAAGAUGAACAAGAUGAUCAUUCAUAUAUUAAGACAGGUCAAUUUUAUUCGGAGCCGGAAGCAUCAAAUUCUGCAAAUACACUCUUUGAUUUAUGUUCGAAUCAAAAUUCAGAUUUUGUAGAAUUGGUGAGUGUCUUUGUGAAUAUUAAGUUGGUGAACCAUAGAACAGGCCCAACCUAUAUUGAACCUAAAACUAGGUCUCCACAGGAUCUUCCCGCUUCCAUAGUUUAAAGUUUUUGUCAUCAAAUAUCAUUCAUUUUCAGAUGCGUAUUGCCAAUGAAAAAUUAGUCAGCAACAAAUCUACAAUGGAAUACUCUAAAUCUGAUCGCGCACUUUCGGAAGAUAUUCGAUUGAUUAUUUGUGAUUGGAAAUCACCACUCAUAACUGAAAUCGACAAAAAAACGGGUGAAGUGAAGUAUCAAAAAGUCGUACCAGUUGAAGAAAUUCGACAUUUACGAACUUAUUUGCGUUACGGAUAUGAUGAAAUUUUGCCAGCUUCCGCAGAGAGUGAUUAUUGGACUCUUCACCAUUUCAAUCACUAUGAUUAUGUUCAUCCAUUCUUUGUUUAUUCUCCACCAUAUUCAUUGCAUCCAAGCAAAGGAAAAAUAACUGGAAUUUCUGAAUUCAAAAUCAAAGGUACAAAUCAUUUUAUUUUUCAAUGCUCCCUAAAAAACACUUGGCAUGUUUUCAGGCAUGAAAUUAUCGGAAGCAUAUCUGAAUGUUCUUCAAAAAACAUUUUAUGGAAGAUAUUUUCCUUUAACUAUCCCACGACUGCGCCAACGAAAAGAAAAGAAAGAAACCAUUUUGCCAUGGGAAAAAGUGUAUUCACCAUCAAGAAGAAGACGAUCAAAAGAUUUGAGAUUGGCAGAAGCUAAACAAUCAUCAAAAGAAAUAAUAUCGCAAAAAAUCAGUUGGGAUGCUCCGCCAUGUCAAGAUUGUAUUGAAGAAGGAUGGCCCUCCAAAGAAAUAUGUUGUACCUGUCAAGAUGAACCAGUCAAAUUCUAUAAUUGUACAGUAAUUCAGACAAUGGUUGAGGUAAAAUUCUAAUAUGAAUAACAAUGAAUAAUAAUUUGCUUUCCAGCUUUGCGAAGAAUGUGAUGGUCCAUUGCUCAAAUUGAGAUGUUCUAAUUAUGGUAGAAAUUGGACAAAAUCUACUCCACCAAAGAGACCGAGAAUAAUGAAAAGAAGAAAAUCAAAGAAAUCAUUCAAAAAUUCAAAGAAAUCCAGUCGAAGACCAUCUCGAGGGAAAAUUGAUGUUGUGGGAAAGGAGGAUUAUGAAUGUGACAAACAUUUUGUUCAAAAAUGUUUUGAGGUAAUUAAAAAUUAACUAGGAUAUAGCAAGCAAAUUUAAAAUAAUUUUCAGGAUGCUGAUGAAAAAGAUUUGACACUGAAUCAAGAUCCAUUGCUCAGUUUUUUCUAUCGAAGAACAGUUGAUUGCCAUUUGACUAGAGAUCUAGAAACACUUGAAGAGAAUCAAAUGCAUGAUGAGGCAUUUGAAGAAAGUUUGAAACGUGACAGCGUUGUGAGUUUUUAUCAUUUUUGUACGAUUUUGAUUUCAAAAUAUUUUUCAGCUAGAAGAAAAGAAAAAGCAAGCAGCCAUCAAGCACGCUGAAACGCAAAACAAAAAUGAAACUGGCGAAAAAGAAUUGGUUGUUUGGUAUAUUGGCGAAGAGAGAAAGGAACAAUGGAUAUAUUCGAAUGCAUAUAGUAGAUUCCAAAAAAAAAUUGCUAGAGACCAAAAAAAGUAUGAAAAAGAGCAAGCGAAGAAACUUGAAGCUAUGCAAAAUUUGGCACCUCCACAGCCACCAACAAUGCAAAAAUCAGUUUCCGUCACCAAAACAAAAGUUUCGCCAAAACCAAAGAAAACUGCUUCAAAAGAAAAAAAUGUUGGUAAUUUACCAGUUGUUCCACCAAAAGCCAACACUUCCAAUUCAAUUGAUCAACGUCGAGAAAAGUUUGUAAAAGAUUUCACAAAAUUGCAAAACUGUGAUGGUACAAAUCAAUUGCAACGGGCGGUUAUUCGACGAAAUUUGAAACAUAAAUGUAAAGAAUUGAGAAAAAAGUUGGAAUUGAAAAAGUUUGGUGAUAAAUCUCACAAGAAUCAACAUCGAAAACAUCACAAGAAGAAGUUGCCGAGAGUUCCGUCAUGUACAGCACAAGAGAGAGCUUUGAAGCAAUUCACUGAAGAAAUACAACGAGAUGUUGAGAGAAAACAAAUUGUUAUAUCAGAACUCACGGUCCAAGAAAAAGUCGAUUUUGUGAAUUGCGAAAUUAUGAAGCGGAAAGAACGCGGAGCAGUUAAAAAUUUCAGCAAAAAAUUUCGAAAAGUAUUGAAGAAAGAUCGACGUAUGAAGAGGCUUGCACGUCGCCGAAAUAUCAAACGAGAUGCGUUUAGUAUGCAUGUGAAAUGGGCAAACCCUUUGAAUCUCGAAGUUAUUCAAGUUGUGAAAAAGAAGAAACAAGAUACAAAAUAUAUCAAGAAGCGGAAGUCAAGAAAAACCAAGCUAGACCCAGAGCAGAUACAGUUUAUGGAAGAUAUUAUGCAUAGAAGAGUGAAUGAUGAACGAUUCCGUAUGCAAAAUGGUGAAUAUAUUCUACCGGAUGCGCCGAAAAGAGGAUGUUUUCGCAGACGAAAAAAGGAGCGAACGUUGAAAAGAAGAUUGACUCGUAGACAACAUCACAGAAGAAUUCAAGAUUCUCGAAAAAGAGAUGAACAACUUGGUAAAAAACCUGUUGAAAAACCAAUGACAAAUUUACAAUCGCAUUCCAAGGAUGUUAAAAGUCGUUUGACCACCAAACUUGCAAAAUAUACACGUCGUCGGCUUUCCAAUCCAUUUCCACCCGUGAUAAGGAAACGACAAAUCAAACGACAAACUAAAGUGAUUUUCCGAAAACCUAUACGACUUUGUCCACCAUUAUCACCUCUUCUUAUUCCAUUAUCUAUACAUUGGCCUGUUGAAGAGCAUGGUUUGACUGUUGGAAGAACAUUUUUGGCUCCGAAUGUUGUUGAUAUCGUUCCAAUUUCACCAGAAGUUCCGAAUAUUCCCAUUCCACCACCAGUCAAAGAAUCUGCAUUUGCGAAAUUUAAAAGUAAAGUUAUGCCAUUUUUGAGACCAAUGAGCGCUGUUUUCACUAAUCGGCGUAACCCAGCAGCAAAUGAAACAACAGAAGAACCUACAACAAGUGAUGAUUCUGUUUUACCGAAUGAACCGAGUACGUCAACUGAAACCCGCGAUUUGCUUGUUCGUAGAAAUACAACCGAAGCUUUGAAACGCAAACCAACAACUCCAAUAAACAUUCGACCACUUCCAAAAGGAUAUUUCACUCAAGGAUCAUCUGCUGAAGAUGUUGCAGCAAUGUUAGAUGAAAAUGAUGGAUGGUGGGGUGAUGAAAGUCCACCGCUAUCACAACAACCUGAACCUCAACCAGAACCAGAACCACAAGAAGCAUUUUCUGCGCCUGCUCCAAUUAUUUUAGCAUCACCAGAAACUUUGGCUGCGAGAAAGAAAAAAGAAAACACCGAGGAGGAAAGUGAAUCGGAUGAUGGACCAAUAUUGAUGAAAACAACUCGAUCAGCAACAUUACCUAAUUUAUUGGAAGUGAUGGGCAAAAAGAAAAAAGACAAGAUAAAAAUGAAAUUGGAUAUGUUAACUUCUAUUGAACAAGCCAAAAAAUCCCUUUCUGAACCAUUCGAAGUUCCAACAAUCACAAUGCCGACACCUCUAUUUAUUGGAAAAUUAUAUCAAAAACGUUCUGUCUAUGGAUUGUCAAAAGUGGACGUUUCUGACAAAAAAUCUAUGGCGGUUCCGAAAAGAUAUCAAGCACAGAAAUGCUCAAAAAUUUUGAAUACUGUAAAAAGGGUUAUUCAAAAACCUUUCACCAAAACGAUGAUCCUCAAAUAUUUGGAAAAAAACACAGCUGUGAUUGACAACUCGGAAACAUUCCGCACAUUUUUGCUAAAUUAUCCAUUUGUUUAUCCAUCAAAAAGAAAAGUUUUGCAAUGCCAUAAUGCAACAAUUCGUGAAAAAAUUGGAUUGGAUCGACAAAAAUACUCGAAGAAAUUCUCAACGAUUGUCAGAACUGCUUUUCCACUCAAAGAUGAUCGAUUCAAGAAGCAACAUAUUCGAGAAAGAAACACUAUUUCAAAGCAAUAUGAGCAGAUUUUCAAAACGCUUUCAAGAAAAUCAAGAAAAAUCCGAAGAAAAAGAAUGUAUUGUUGGAGAAAGAGAAAGCUGUCAGAUUCAUCAUCAAGUUCAGAAGAAUACGAGAGUGAAUCCGAAAAACAAGCAAUUGAUUCUCGCAGAAAAUUGAGACGUUAUACAAUAUCGAAAUUCACAAACAUUGAUAAGAUGCGACCAAUUCCAAAGUAUACGAAAUAUAGAAAACAUAAGAAUCGUAGAAGAAAAGUUAUAUCUCAAGAGCAAGCUGAUCUUCAAUUUUAUAAUCGAGCUCGUCGAACUGCACGACAUGCAAUGCAAUUGGGUCGAAGAACCGGUAACUGGAAACUUUAUCGAUUGGCAACGGAAAAAUUGAAAAAUUGGACAACCAUGUUGAUGAAUAUGAAAAACAAAGAACGUGCCGAUUUUGAUAGAAAUUUGAGAAGUAUUGGUGUUGUUAUAAAACUCGACGAUCAAAAGAAACAUCGAGUGAAAUCUCAAUAUCAUAUUGAACCAAAAAAGUUAUUGAAGGUUUGUCGUUUUUAUCUGGAAAAAUGUAUAAACAACCAUUAUUUCUUUCAGAAAAUUCGAGUUAUCAAAAAGAAACAUCUUUCAACAGCAUUUAUGAAAAAACGAAGUCAUUUUUCUGCCAAAUUUCAUUUUCUUGUCGACCCUCCAAAUAUUCCAGAAUACGAUGAUCAGGUUAAAGAGGUACAUUUUUUUUAAAAUUAGUAAUUGAUAAAAAAUAUAUAUAUUCCAGAUAUUGCAUCCUGAAAAAGACACCGACAUUGAUCUUACAACUGAAGAUUCGGAAUACGAAAGUGAUUCUGAAUAUGCUGAAUCAGAUCAUCCAACUUUUGCUGAAGUAAAAGAUGCAAAAUAUUGGAGACGUCAAACCGAACAAUCAACAUAUAACAUCAAAGGUUUGCCGGGAUUGUUGUAUUUGGCUAGAUUGGUGCAAGAAAGAGUUGGUGAACAUAUGGAACCGAAUUUGCCGUUUUCCGGUGCAGGAUUCAAAUUGUAUAAAAAUACGGUAAUUUUUCUUAUGAAUGUUUUUUGAUGGUUCAUUAAAAAAUACAAAUCGGUUCUCAAACUAAAUUUUUCUUUAGAUUUAAAUAUUCACUUACAACUACCUACUAAAAAGUUCAAUUUUUUUCAGAUCCAAGUUUCUCCAAUUCGCCGUCUUAUGCUUGUUUCAAUUGGUUGUAAAAUGCCAGAUCGCUUCAAACGCAUCAAUUUAUCUGACACUGAUCUUGGCCAAUCUUUAGCCAAUGUUUUCUCAACAAUGUGUUAUGGACAUGGUGAUUAUCUUCGAGAAAUGAUUGAAUUGAUACAUCGUAUGAUUGGAUUUCCAGUUUGUGAGUAUGAAAUUAUGGAUGACGCUUAUCAAGCAUGGAUUUUGACAAAAUUAUAUAGAAAGUUAGUUUUCUCAACAGAACAAAGUGUUAGAAAAUUUAUGAAUGAUUUUAUUCAGAAUGAUCACAAUUCAAAGCGGUGCCGAAGCUCGUAAUCUUGCAAAACUUGUCAAAGAUGCGAUUUCUCUUACUGAUGAUAAUUUCUUUCCAAACGAAACUGGUGAAUCUUAUCAACGUUUAAGUUCUGAAGGAGUUCCAUGGUCUAUGGAUGAUUGGAUUGAAGCAGCUGAUCAGUUUUUGUCUUUUGCAAAAAGUGAGUAACCUUUUUUGAAUUUCUUUUUUUUUUGAAAAAAUCAAGUUUUAACUCUUGAAACCGUUAGUAUUCAUGUUGUUUUUUUUAGAAACGCCGCAUGUUAGAUCAGAAACGAUUGCCUGCGUUUGUUUUUUGCGUAUGGUUAUGACUAAUGGUUAUUCUGGAGAUAUUGUCGAUGAAAUAAUUGAUCUGGUUAGUUUAAAGAAAUAUGUUUUCUUUUAAAAACUCGAAAUAAUUUCAGACCCUUCCGAUUCGUGAAAAAUUGACAUUUAUUAUCAAUUUAUCCCCGCAUUCUCAAAUUGUUCGAAAUACUCUUCGACUUUUUCAACGAGUCAAUGGAUUGGAUCGUCUUCCUUUUGUUGGUCUUGGUUAUCAUAAAGAUAGUUUAGCUGUUCUUCAUGAGUAAGUUGUUUCUUCGCAAAAGUGAAAACAUUUCUAUCAACUUUUAGAGAAGCGGUUUUGAAUGGUGAUUGUCAGUUGGCGGCACAUCUUUUGGUUAUUGGGCAAUGUUUGGAUGAUCGAUCAGAGGAAGCAGAGGUAAGAUAAACAGAAUUAAUACUUUUUAAAUAUCUAUUUGUUCUUUUUUUAGAUGCCGGAAAUUGGAUCAGAUCAUAUCCAUAAUCGAGAUAUUGGUGAAUAUCUUGAGAAUAUUUUUGGAUGCCGAAAAGAACUUGGACCAAAAACAUUGCAAGAAGCAUUUCCAAUUUCAUAUAUUCGUGAUGCAAAAGGCAAUAAGAUUGAUAAAACUUGCGAUCAAUUAUCAAAAAUGUUAGAAUGUGAAGUAUCGAAAUAUUUGGCGGUUCUUGAAGUUCUGAAAGGAUCGUCAUAUUUGGAUAGAACUUGUAAUCAUAUCGAUCGACUUCAAAAAUAUUCUUCAAUUUUUCCAACUGAAAUUGCUUGCACACAAUGCCAUGUUCCAUUGUUUAAAGGAACUGAAUUGGCAAAUCUCGGAGAAGAAAUGACAUUGGCUUCGGUGAGAUUUCCAAACAGUUUAUUGGUUCUAACUGAAAAAAAUAUUUAUAGAUUAGUGAGCAAUUGAAAUCACAAAGAAACGAAGUGUCUUCAAGAAACUGUAAAUUCCUUGAUAUUGAAGAUGAUUUGAAACCGUAUCCUGUUCCAAGUGCUGGUGGAGAUGCUACUCAAAAAGUAGAGGAAGAAUUGGUGAGUUUUAUUUUGUUUUGAUUAACGAAUACUCGAAACGAUUUGAUCAACUAAAAAAGUCCAAACAUCAAAUUAAAAUAAGACUGAAAUUGAAGAAUUAUUGUUUUCCAGCAAAAUCGUUCGGCUGAUCAUUCUUGUCAAAACUGUCGUCGACCAUUACCAAGAUGUACUAUUUGUAUGAGCUACUAUUUAACAAAUAUGUCAGAUCUAGAAUGGGCAGAAGAUAAUGUUGACAAAAAUUUUGCUGUUUGUUAUGUAAGUUUUUUACUAGGAGUUUCAAAAUGCAAAAAUUGGUUAAAAACACUUGACUAGGUCACAUCAAUUUUCCACAAAUUUAAUUUGCCAGCUAGUUACAGAAAAUGUCCAUUAAAAAGUAUUUUUCAGUUAUGCAACCAUGGUGGACACGUUCGUCAUUUGGUCGAAUGGUUUGAAGAAGAAAUCGAAUGUCCAGUUAGUCAAUGCAGAUGUAGAUGUGCAUCUGUUCAACCUUCAAUUCUUAAAAAAACACAAAUUCGCGAAAGUAUGAUUCAAUCAUCGAAUAUGCGAGCAAGAACUCAUAUUUGUAACCCGAAAUGUGCCAGUGAUCCAAAUUGUCAGUGA